CCCUCUCUCUGGGCGCCAGCAUAUAAAACCAUGGGGGGCCCUGCACACUCACACACAGACCACCAGCCCCAGCCCAGUCCACCCCUUCACGCACACACCACCACAGUCAUGUCUGCCGGAGGAGACAAGGCCAAGCCUUCAUCCCAGCCUGAUGGGAAGGCCGCCCAGAACAAGAUGUCUGAGAUGAGCGGGAUGUCCUACAAGAUGAGCGUGUACGACCAGGAGAACUUCCAGGGCCGCGUCAUCGAGAUCACCAGCGAGUGCGUGAACGUGUGUGAGAUGGGCAUGGACAGGGUUCGCUCCCUGCGCGUGGAGUGUGGGCCCUUCGUGGGCUUUGAGCAGAUGAACUUCUCUGGUGAGAUGUUCAUCCUGGAGAAGGGCGAGUACCCACGCUGGGACUCUUGGAGCAACACUCAGAAGAACGACUACCUGCUGUCCUUCAGGCCCGUCAGAAUGGAUCCCGAGAAGCACAAGAUCUGCCUGUUUGAAGUUGGAGAGUUUAAGGGACGUAAGAUGGAGAUCAUGGACGACGACGUUCCCAGCCUGUUCUCCUACGGCUUCACAGACCGGGUGGGCAGCAUCAUGGUCAGCUGUGGAACCUGGGUGGGUUACCAGUUCCCCGGCUACCGCGGCAGUCAGUUCCUGCUGGAGAAGGGUGAAUUCAAGCAUUUCAACGAGUUCGGUGCCCGCUGCCCCCAGAUGCAGUCCAUCAGGCGCAUCCGUGACAUGCAGUGGCACCCCCACGGCUGCUACACCACCACCUCCAAGUGAAACCCGGCCAGGGCGAGGAAGAGAGGGGUUGGACAGGGGGCAGAGGCCGAGAGAAGGCACAGAGAUGACGGAGGGAGGCCAAAAAAGGAGAGGAGGAGGGAAAGAGUUUAAUCUUUUCACCUCCCUCCCACAAUCUCUGGGCGGUUUCACUGGAUGAUGGAGGGAAUACAGAAGGUCGUUAUAUUUAGUAGGAAUCCAGUGACCAAUGGAGAGUUACGGAAAGUUAAAAACGUGACAGAAGAUUUAAGAAUAAACUGAAAAUGAACACUCCAUUUAGUUUUUCCUCUCUCUCCAUCUAUGCUAGUCAACUGCAGGCUUCUCACUCUUCUCUCCUCUCCUCGCUCUCUUUUUCCUCGCUCUCUCACUGUACCACGGCGCACCGACGUCAGCCCUCACGCAGCCUAUUACAGCCUGAGUGUCUGGGUACCGGAUUGGAUCUGUGCUUGUUUGUGUGGUGGAGAAACUGAGAGAGAAGAAAACCACAAAGAAGACAAUUGGUGGACAAUUAUCUGCUCAGAUUCUGCUGCCACAUCAACUUUAAACCCCAAUAAAGCAUCCCAAAUCCUC